AUGGCAGAGUCGGAGGAGGAGGUUGACGUCUUGGUUCAGAGAGUUGUGAAAGAUAUCAACAGCGCUUUUAAAAAGAAUCCCAAUAUUGAUGAAAUAGGGGUAAUACCAUGCCCAGAAGCAAGGUACAACCGAAGCCCCAUUGUCCUGGUGGAGAACAAGCUGGGCAUGGAGAGCUGGUGUAUCAAGUUCCUUCUCCCUUUUGUCCACAACAAGCUUCUGCUGUACCGGCAACGUAAGCAGUGGCUUGACAGGGAGGCACUGAUAGAUAUCACAUGUACGUUGUUGUUGCUGAAUGCUGACUUCACGACUGCCUGGAACGUGAGGAAGGAGCUGGUGCAGUGUGGUGCACUGAACCCUGAGAAAGAUCUCUACCUUGGCAAACUUGUGCUCACCAAGUUUCCCAAAAGCCCAGAGACAUGGAUUCACAGGCGCUGGGUGCUGCAGCAGGUUCUGCGGCAAUGCCGUCCUUGCCCUCAGGGUGCAGAGCAUAAGGAGAUGGGCCAGGUGGAGCAGGGUCAGGCCCAAGGAGCAGCACAGGCUGAGCAACUACAGCGGCUCCUGCAGGAGGAGAUGCAGGUUUGCAGUGACGCCGCUGGCCGCUACCCAAGCAACUACAAUGCCUGGUCCCACCGCAUCUGGGUGCUACAGAACCUUGCCAGGGGCAACCUGAAGAUCCUCCAUGAUGAGCUUUCCUCCAUGAAGCUCUGGGUGUCCAUGCAUGUGUCUGAUCACAGUGGCUUCCACUACCGCCAGUUUCUGUUGAAAGCACUGGUGGGGGAGAUAACCCAGGCUGUGGAAAUCCCUUGUGCAGCUUUGCAGGCUGCCACCAACCAGCACUGUGCCCACUGGCCCAACGAAGAUGGCCUGGUUACUGCCACCGUGCCUGAGCUUUUCGAUGACGAGAUGGAAUUGUGUACUGACCUGAUCGAGACAUACCCUGGUCACGAGACACUUUGGUGUCACAGACGGCACGUGUUCUUCCUCUGGCACCAUUGGCGGAAAGAACAUCUGCAGUCUGGGGGACAUCCACCAUCCCCCCUUAACCACACUGACGAGAUGUUUGGCAGCUCCCUGGAUGCCAGCUUGGACCGGAGUGUGCAGGCUAUGGAUAUAGAUUUGGCACCAGACAGUGGGAGGCAGGGUGGAUACACCCAGGACACCAAGCGCUUGAAACGAGGCCCCAUGCAGGCCUGCCCCGGGUUGCCUUCUGAGCACAGCUUUGUCACCAAAAUCCUUCACAGCUGCCGGAACACUGAGCAGGGCCGCUUUGCGGCUGCCUACAGAAAGUGGCUGGACUCUGUCAUAGGUCAGUGACUUGUAGCGAUUCUGUCUAGAAGGAAGCAGCUACGGCCUGAUAGGUCAUGUCAGUAACACCUACACUGCCACAGUCUUAUAGGACACAGCGGUUGGCAAGGCUGUCUAUCCACACCUGAUUCCCCUUCGCAAUGAAAACUGAUGCCCAGUUGUUCCGAAGAAGCACUGUCUAGUUGUGUGAAACAUGUUGCUUAGAUCAGGUUACUUCAAUACCUCAGGUCUCUUUUGUCGGGGAACAUUUUUCCACAUCCACUGAGCUGGUUGUCUCUCAUUCUCUCUGAAAAUGUGUAUGUUGUUUGACCUUUCACCUUUUCCUCAAGUGAUUGUCUUCCAGGAAUAUUUGUUGCGGAUAACAAAUACAUUACUAUUGGAGAGUUGCUCUUACAAAAAAUUUUUGAAAAGUUGUCCUAAAUUUUAAGUUUAAAUUUAAAGUACCUUCCCAACUUUUAGUGGCUAAAAUGUAUUUGAUUUUUUUUUUAAAAUGUAUUUAGUGUUCAAUUACCUAGAACAUUGUCAUUUUGUUCCAAAAUGGAGAAAACAGUUCACUGAACAAAGUAUGGAAAUGAGAUGGAUGUGAUUUUUGUAUGGAUGUUGGGUUUUCACUUCAACAUGUUUUUUUUUGAGUAAAGAUAUGAGGAAAGGGGAUGAGUCUUCCAGUAGAUGAGAAAAUGAAAGCUGAUGACUGGAAGGUUUGAUUUAGAAUGGACAUGUUUGGCUGUCUGACCUCACACUUAUUUGUCUUUAAGAAAGGUUCCAGAAGCAGGUGUUCAGCUGUAGAGGACUAAAAAAAAAAAAAGCACACUCUUUAAGUGUAUAGUUAUAUUUAUCUUUUUUACUAUUAUUACUGGAGCAAAAACACUAAAGUAACAGAGUUUGGGCUUUAAGCACAAUUGGUACUGUACAUUGUUCCUUUUUGUUGCAAGUCUUACCCUGUAUAUUUCUGGGCUUUCAUUCUGAAGGGGAAUUGUACGUCUUAAGGUUUGGGAUCUCACCUGAACAUUGUCACUGUUGUUCGUCCACUUUUGAUUUUGGGUGUAGUAUUUAUUUAUACACAAUUACAACUUUACUUUCAUUUUUGUUUUACAUUUUAAGUCAGAAAAUGUUUCCACAUUGCACUUUUGAUUUAUCACUGCUUACAUAAGAUCUUUUUGGAGAGAGGACUGAACACCUAAACAAGGACACUCUUUGCAGUCUUCUGCUAAGACAGUAUCUUUUUUUUUUUUUUUUUUUUUGACAUUGUUAGUAAAUUCUGUAGGGCUGGAAGAAGGAAAACACUAGGUCAUCAAAAGGUGAAUUUUAUGAUUAUUAUUGAAGGUAGAUAUUUUGUUCUAAACACGCUGAACAUUUUGAUAACAGCCGGUCAGUACCUCAGGUCUUUACAGGUGUACAGGCAGGAUAAAUGUUCAUGACCCUUCCUCUAAUGGGAGCUCAUGUUAUGUAUUGCUUUUCUCCCUGUCAUGUGUGUUUCAUAAUGGUAUAAUUUCAUGUGGUACAGAAGUAAGAUUUAACUAAUAGGGUAGCUUAGUUCUGAUUGCAAUUUAAACAUGAAGUGCAGUAUAACAGACAUCCAAGCCAUGUCACCCUUUUAACCACUCAUCUUAAAGCACUGGUGAAGAUGGGUUUCCUUGACAAGGGUUCUCAGUUUGAAUGUGAGUGACAAAAUGAAACGUAUGCUUUUCAAAAAAGACAUAACUUUUGGUGGGAGAAGAAUGCAAGGUUGCUGCUUUUAUUUAUGCUUUUAAUCCCCAGCUAAUAGAUUGUAUAAGUGGGAAUUCGUUUUAACUUUUUCUAUGUAUGUAUGUUUCUGUCAUUUUAUAUAAAGUGAAAAUUAUAAUGGUCAGCUUUUAAAAUAUUUUAGCAUUAUGUUGACAGUAUUUUGAUAUGUAAGAGUUCGUUCAGCUGUCAGUGGUUUGCAGCAACAUUGCAUGUAAAGUAUUAUGUAUUUUAAGUACAAGUUAGUAUACUUAACAAGGUACAAUGAAACAAAAUUGAAUUGGUUGUACCACUGAGGGUUCUCCAGGGUGGCAACUUGUUCAAGUAACGAUUAACAAAUCUAGUUUACAAUAUGAAAUCUACCACAGAAAUUUCUUACACACACACACAGGUGAUACAAGACACUUUUUAUGCCCUAGCACAUGGGCACAUUUGCGGUCUUCUCUAAGUCAUACAGGGAGAAAUACGUGUCAAGUUGCAGUUGUAGUGCUUCGUCUGUGGGAAAGGCAGGCCUUAAAAUUGAAACUUACAACAAGUAGAAAUUGCUGUAGAUCAAUAGUCACAUGUAUAUUGUGUAUAUCGGCACAUGGAAAAUAACAUGCAUUACACUGCAUAAUGUUGAUCAUAUGAAACAUUUUAUAUCCAUUGUCUUUGCCAUUGUAAGUUACACCUGCUGUAUGUUCAGCCUCUGCUACAUCACAUGAUUUUUCAUAAAUGGGACUUUACAAAAGGGAAUGGUUUAAACCUCCUUUAUUUUUGUGUAAGUUUUCUGUUUAAAUAAUUUCAUAAAAUGUAGGAACUGUGACUUUGUUUUUCCAAUUUGAAAAAUUUUCUUCCCAUCUCUAAAUAACACCAGAGCAGUGCAAGUGCUGGCAAUAUCUGUGAAAUGUCUGAAUGUCAACAUUUGCCAUGUUCUUUCCACCCCACUAAUUAUCACUUUCUUUAGCAUGAGGUUGUGGUCUAAUGUGACAGUCCAAUUCUCACAUACCAAACAGGCAUUGAUGGAUAAACUGGCAGGUGAAUAUGGGGUGUAAACAGGGUAACAGUAGUUGAACAGAUACUGAAAUCUCAUUUUUUAUCUUUGUGACAAGAAAAGAUAUCAGAAGUAGCUAAUUUUGUUUGAUGCCCAUUGUUGUACCAAAUAACGUGUAACACAUGGAUAAUAUUUAGAACAUACUCACUGAUGCUUGCUGUAAGCACCUGAAAGGUGUUUCUAAUGCUAAAUGACAUAUUGAUAUGUUGAUAAAAUGCUGAUACCAAGCAUUAUCAGAGGCAAUAUGUGGCCAUUACAUUUUUUUAUUUUUUUUUUUUUAAAUAAUGUCAGGCAACUAAAAUGUUAAACUCUGACAUAGUUCAAGAGAGCCAAGGUGCCAAGAGCAUCAUUAUAAACUUAAUUGAAAUGCAGCCUUAUUUAUUUAGUUCAUUUGAAUGCUGUGCACUGUGUUGUCAGUGGUUAGCCAGGCACUAACGGCUUUGAGGGCUUCCACCUAAACACAAAGCUGUUGCGUGGGUUCUCUAGAGAAAAUAAGUAUACAAUUAAAGCAUACUAAAAAGGAAUUUGAUUCAUCCUACAUUGGUUUGUCUGGAGAAAAUCUUUGUGUCUUAACUAUUUGAACAAAGCAAGAUAUUACAGUACCAAAUUGUCUGUGUAAUUCAGUUACAUUGAACAAAGAAUGCUUUUGUGUCAUAUCUGUAGAAUUACUGCAAGCAUAUCCAGUAUCUACUUUAAUAAGAGGGUUUGUUAAUGCAAACCUUAGGUAUAGAUUAUAAACUGUAAAUCUAUGCAGAAAUAUUCCUUUAAUGAAGGUUCAGUAAGCUUUUAAAAGCAGAUGUAGCUUUGGGGUAGACAUGUCAUAGUGUUAAUACUUUAUUUAUUUAGUUGUGAGGAUAAACAAAAGUUCAUAUCAAUAGCCUCAUUAAUUGAUUUUAUAUUU